GCUGACCAAACGCGGAAGUGCUUAAAAUCAGCAGAUAGGUUGAGUUACAAAGUAAACAAAAAUUCAGGAGGAGAAGAAACAUUUAAAAACAACGAGGAGAAAAAAAAAAGCCGUGUUUGGGGGCUUCCCCCUCGAGCAUAAGAACAUGGUUCGGUGUUUCCUCAUCCACACCGUGUGCCCGGUCAGUGCUCUGUCUGCCGGGGAGAGCCGUGUCCUUUACUCCCGGGUUUUCGGUCCAGAUGAGGGAGUCCUGUCCGAGCGGCACCGGGAGCUCAGCCCGGAGGAAAGAAGACUUCUGCAGAAGGAGAAGGUGGCCGCAGUGGCCAGGCAGGUCCGGAGUGCUGUGUCUCUGUCCCGGGAAGCUUCAGGUCGGCCGCUAGUGGAGACGAUUCCGGGUGAAGAGAAUCUGGCCCUGCAGGAUGCCGACUGCGGCGUGGUGCGGCUCAGAGCCGGAGACCCGUUCUCUGAGGAGGCGAGCGCUCUGUGGCUCGGGGUCCAGAGUCUGGGCUUCACGCUCGUCUGUGAGCCCCAUGAGAACCUGCUGCUGGCUGAGGGAACGCUGCGCAGCCUGACCAGACACUGCCUGGAGCACCUGCACAUGCUGGGGCAAGGGAGCGAGGUCCUGCUGAAGAGCAGCCGUAUCGAUGUCCUGCUCAGCCGCCUGCUUCCCCACGGGCAGCUUCUCUUCCUCAACCACCGCUUUGCCCAGAGUUUGGAAAAGGAAGUAGCAGCUUACAUGGCCAAAUGAAGUCCAGCUGUUGCCAUAUAUAUAUAUUUUUUUUUUGGGGGGGGUGAGCUCAAUUGCUGCUAGCUGUAACUGCGAGCUCUCAAACAAACAAACAAACCCACUGUCGUUCACCUCGGGCCACAUUUCUGCACUGCAAGAAGAAGAAGAGCGGACGACUGGCUGCUGCUGCUGCUGCUGCUGUUAGAGAUUGCGUGAUGUGUAAACACACAGAGUGGUAAAUACCUGCCUCAUCCACUUGCAGCUCACUCUUCGCUGUUUACUGUGUGGGUGGCUUCACUUCAAAUCCUGUUUGUCAAAUUGAAGAGUGGAAAGGAAAAUGUGGCAGAUUAAAGAGUGCAGCUGCAGAGGCCAGUUAAGACCCACUUGUCAGCAUCAAAGCCUGCUAUUUAUCUGAUUCGCCGUACUUCAAAUGUCACAGUGUGACCUUGAGGAGCCAGACUUGACCCAUUUUGUGUGCUGUUUGAGAAUUCUGAGAGUACAAAUGAAAUCUCAAAGCGUGCUAUUCCCUUAUUGUGACUUCUCACAGACCUUCCAUUCCUGAAGAGUAGGAGGAAAACUGAGUGAGAUAGUAUGAAUCAUAACAAAAUGCACAAUAGGAAGGGAACCAAAAAAAAAAUCGGGGUCAAUUGUUUUAUAGCAGUUUGAAGCAGAAAUACCACAAUUCGAGCGACGCCGAGGACAACAGAAAGGGCAGGAAGUGAGAAGAUGUUUGACAAAGCCAUGAAGAAUGAAAGCAGAAAUGUUGGCUUGCAGAACACAGAACAAAACAGGAAAUGAUGACAAGCAGAACUACAAACACAAACAUCCUGACUCAACAAAUAAAAAAUGUAUACCUGUGUCUUGUGAACAUCUGCUGUUCCCCCGACUGCCUCUGCUCAUAUCAAACCAGACUCUCCCGCUCCUCCUCCUGGCCUCAGAAAAGCUUCUUAAACCCCACUUUUUGUGCUGGCAACCAAAACCAGAGCGCUGUUUUUUAG